AUGUCUUCGUCUACCCAGAAUAACAGCGCCUUGGAUGUCCAGCCCAAGGACGCGAAGCGUGCACUUGCGGAGGACGCAUAUGAUGACUGCCUAUCGUGCAGAGUUACUGGAUCCGCCGCGUUCAUCGGCCUCGGUGUGUACAGUUACUACUCGGGAUUGAAGAACCUCAAGAUGAAUGAAAAGGCAAUCAUGCAAGGAACAACCAAGUAUAAGAUGGGAUCUCGACAUCUCGGGCUCUUCACCAUCUCUGCGACACUAGUUGGAAUGGGAAUUUAUAGAGCCUUCAACUGA